UUUCCGGCAAAAAAAAAAAAAUCCGAAAUCGAACAAGCUGCACGCGCUCCCUAUUCUCAUCCACAACGCCGCCACCAACCCACCAACUACUCCUCUCCCUCCCCUCCGCGAGCUUACCACGAUCUCCCGCUUCCGUCUCCGCCGCCGGCGACCAGUCAACCCCGAGGCGGCGCGGCAAAUGCGAUCCCGGUGAGGCGGCCGUGAGGGUGAGGGUGACAGACACCGAUGGGUGGGCUGCGGGUGGACCUCUCCGGCGCGGAGAUCCGCGGCGACCCCGCCGCCGCCGACUGCGGCAGCCCGCCCGUGUACCUCCCCCGCCAGCCCGCCGCGCCCCCGCUCCUCGCGCUCGACAUCGGAGGGACUCUGAUAAAGCUGGUGUACACGGCGAGCUGCGGCGGCGGGGCGGGCGCGGAGCUGCGGUUCGCCAAGUUCGAGAGGCGGCGGCUCCAGGAGUGCUUCGACUUCAUCAGGGCGCAGGGGCUCGUCCGCUGCAAUGGGUCAGCUAUGGGUUCAAGCAAAGAAAAUAUGACAUUGAAGGCCUCAGGUGGUGGAGCAUAUAAAUUUACUGAAGAUUUUCGCGAGAAAUUAGGAGUUUUCCUUGACAAGGUUGAUGAAAUGGAUAGUGUUGUUUCUGGAGCAAACUUUUUGUUACAGAACAUUCCUGGAGCGGCCUUCACACACAUGAAUGGAAAGAGAAGUUCUAUUGAUAUUUCUCCAAAUAACUUGUUUCCUUACCUUCUUGUCAACAUUGGCUCUGGAGUUAGCAUAUUAAAGGUAACUGGAAAUAAGAAAUUUGAAAGGGUAACUGGAACACAUAUUGGUGGCGGAACAAUGUUUGGUUUAGCAAAACUUUUAACAGGAUGUAAGAGUUAUGACGAGUUCUUGCAAUUAAGCCAGAAAGGGGACAAUUUUGUUCUUGAUCUAAUCGUGAAGGAUAUAUGCGGGGAACUUGUUUGCCAGAAGCAAGGACUUUCAACUUCAACUCUUGCUUCUAGCUUUGGGAAAGUUAUUACUUCUAAGAAAAAAUUAACAGACUACAGACCUGAAGAUCUAGCAUCCACAUUGUUGAGUGCCUUUACCUAUAAUAUUGCACAAAUUUCUUUCCUUGUUGCAUCAAUCUUGGGUCUCAGAAGAGUUUUCUUUGGUGGAUCUUAUAUACGUGGACAUAAAAGCACGAUGGAAAAUAUUUCUUAUGCAAUUGACUUCUGGUCGCAGGGUCAAAUGCAAGCUGUCUUCUUGCAACAUGAAGGGUAUUUAGGAGCUCUUGGUGCCUUGAUGAGUUAUGGUGAUCCUGGAGAUAAAAUUACAAACUUUGAGGAAACAAAAGAGGAGGAGAACAUCCAUGAGUCAGCAGUACCUGUUGAUGGGACAUCAACAGGUGAACAUAAUGACGGCAACAUAUUUCCUUAUCUCCUUGUUAAUAUUGGAUCAGGUGUCAGCAUGAUAGAGGUAAUUGGUAAUGGGAAGUUUGAGCGAAUUAUCGGAUCCCACCUAGGUGGGGGCACUAUCCUUGGUCUUGCGAGGCUUCUGACUGGUUGUUCAAGUUAUGAUGAAUUCUUGGAGUUGAGCCAGAGAGGCAAUAAUUUAGCUGUUGAUUUGACUGUUGGUGACAUAUAUGGGGAGCAUGGUUACCCAAAGAUUGGUCUUCCUGCAUCUACUACUGCUGCUAGCUUUGGAAAAGUGAGUUCAAGUAGACUUGCAGAAUACAAAGUGGAGGAUCUUGCGGCAGCUCUAUUGAAUUCUUUCACCUACAACAUUGGGCAGAUAGCCUACUUUGUGGCUAAUCUUUCUGGUCUGAAGAGAAUUUUCUUCCGAGGUGCUUAUGUCUGUGGCCAUGAGAAAACUAUGGACAAGAUUUCUCGUUCCCUCAAGUAUUGGUCCAAAGGCCAAGUUCAAACAACAUUUCUAUGUCAUGAGGGGUUCUUGGGAACCUUAGGUGCAUUUUGGAGUUAUGAGAACAUGGGAAUUGACGGCCUGGCAGCACAUGAUGUCAUAAGGGAGGUCUUGCUUGGUGCUCCUUACACUGGGCAGCUUCCGUCUUUACCUCUGACUAAACAAGAGGACAAUGGAGAAGGUAUGACUUUUGAAGGGGAAGUAGAACGGCUUCGACAUGACAAUGCUAUGCUGAAGUCUGAGCUUGAACGGUUGCAAAGGGAGAAUGCAGAGCUCAAAGCGAAGCUGGUAAAAUCUGGCAAGCCAAAUACCUUGUAAAUCAUUAGAAACGUGUAUGUUAAAGUGAAUCAUGAAUCCAUGGCAACAAGAGGAGGUGUUUGAGGGCAAUAGCCCAAGGACCUUGUUAUGGAGAUCGGAGAGGCCGCUCAACCUCCCAAGCCCCGACUACAUUGUUCAAGUCUAAUGAAUGAUUCAGCUAGGCCCAAAUUUUUAAGAGAUCGAGGUGUAUGAGCAACUUGGAAAUGGAAGUCACAAACAGCCUGCACUACUUGUAACCUGUAACUAGUUUUGGCAGUGGUACUAGUUCAAACGUUAUUUAUAGAGGAAGUGUACCUACAGGUAGUUACCCAAUUAGCAUUGCUCAUACAUAUUGAGCUCCUGUUGUAUAUUUAUUUAUUUUUCCUACUUUUUUUGUGUAACCUUCUGUUGCUCUGUAUCUUGUAAAUAUGAAGCAGCCAUAAAGGACAAUUAUAUGUUGUCUAUGUGCUCUGUAUAUUUUGUGGAGAUGUUCACAUUCUCAUUAAGAACAGUACAGUAAUGUACAUGAUACUUGUCGAAAGUGAUUAUCUUCGAGAUAAUUGCCGUAUUAAAGCA